AAUUGAAAAUCUCUUAAAAUUCGAUUUGAGAUCCCUAAAUCGACUUUCCAAAAUAGGUUCGCCAAUUCCAUGUUUAAAAAUUGACCGAAAUCGAAUUGGUUUGCAGCAGUUAGUGUUAGUAAAUCAGAGCAAAUCAGGAUAUAACCCUUAAAAUCUUUCGUUUCGCCCAAAAUAUCUGCAUAUAAAAAGCGAUUACUUGAAGAAGAAAUCUUCAAAAUAUUACUCGUGGGAAGUAGAGAAAAUAAGCAAUUAUGGCAGAUUCUUCUUGGAGUUGGGAAGAAAAUAAGCGAUUCGAGUUUGAUCUUGUGAAAUUUCCAGACGGGACUCCAAAUCGAUGGGAGAAAAUUAAAAUUUCUGCAAAACUCGAGGAAAAAUCGGCAAUGGAAAUUGAAGAACAUUACGAUGAUUUGUUGCAUGAUUUGGCAUUAAUCGAGGAUGGGUUAAUUGCGCCACCGAUAUAUACAGACAACACGGCGGCGGAAUCUGAUGAAUCCGAGUGUUUGGUGGAUUCCGGGAAGAAGGUGCAGAAAAGAGUAGCAAAACCCUGGACUGAGGAGGAACACAGGUUAUUUUUGGUGGGAUUGGAAAAAUAUGGCAAAGGAGAUUGGAAGAGUAUAUCAAGACAUGAAGUUCGGACAAGGACCCCAACACAAGUUGCAAGUCAUGCCCAAAAAUAUUUUGAGCGCCAGAAGAAGGGAGAAGCCAAGAAAAGGUCGAGCAUAUUCGAUAACUCUAUUGCUCAAUCGUCGACUCGAAAUCCAGUCUAAUUAUCAUUGAAUCGACAAUUGUUAAAUAGAAUCUUCUCAUUAAUUUAUUAUGAUUUCAAUUUGUUUCUCGUGUAAAUAUUGUCUCUUAGAUUUUGUUCAAAUAGUAGACAUUUUUUGCUCAAGUUCAAAGAAAUUUUAGAUGGUAAAAA